CCCGUUCCUCCCCUCCCCUCAGCCCGGCCGCCAUUUCGGGAGCGCAGCGCGGGCGCGCGGCGCCCCCUGGCGGCCCCGCGGCCGGCCCGUCCCUCCCCGUCCCGGCGGCCAUGAAGUCCGUGUUCGUCACGGUGGGCACCACCAGCUUCGACGAGCUGAUCGCCGCCGCCGGCUCCCCGCCCGCGCUGCAGGCGCUGCGGAGCCGCGGGUACCAGAAGCUGGUGCUGCAGGUGGGCCGGGGCGCGCUGCCCCAGGCGCAGCCCAGCAGCAGCUCGGCCGUGGCGGUGGAAGUGUUCCGCUUCAAGGACUCGCUGGCUGAGGAGCUGCAGAGGGCAGAUCUGGUCAUCAGCCACGCAGGUGCUGGUAGCUGCCUGGAGACUCUAGAGAAAGGAAAACCACUAAUAGUAGUAAUAAAUGACAAACUGAUGGAUAACCAUCAGCUUGAGCUGGCCAAACAGCUCCACAGAGAUGGCUGUGUCCUCUACUGUAACUGCAGCACUCUUGUGGAGACACUGCAGUCAAUGGACUUGUCAGCUUUGAAACCUUUUCCUCCUGGACAGCCAGAAAAGUUUGCUUCAUUCUUGGAUAAAGUUCUUGGGUUGCAAUAAACAAAAUGGAGAAAUAAAGAAGUUGGAAUAAAA